UUUGGAAGACUUGGGAUGAUCUGCUUGUUCUGGAAGAAAUUUUCUGGAUCGACGGCGGUCUUCACCGUCACUUGUUCAUAGCUAUUGUUUCCAAAUCUAUUCACCCCGAAAUUCAAGGUCCCUGUAGUUCAAGAAAGCACUUCUAGGGUUCUUGGACACACAUGGGGUCAUGAAUCUGAAACCUGAUUUCCGUUUGUGUAAUUCAUCUCUGCUUCGUACCUUGCUUCUCCUCCAACUCACCGAGUACUGAACUUUGAACAAGUUCCCGGCACGGUGUUGAAAAGGCAUCACAUAGGCCGGAAUCUGGCUCAUUUUCCCGCCAUACGGAUUGAAAACCAACCCUGUUUUACCUAUUUCAAUCAUCUGCUCACAGCAACUCCAACCUUCCCUUAGCAUCAACAAUCCGAUCAUCAAUGAUAUUGUUGACAGCCAGGCUGUACUUGCUCAACAUGUUUCCAUACCCACCACCGCUUGUGUGCCCGCCAACACCAACCGUGGGGCAAAUACGGGUCGGAAAGCUGUGGACUUUCCCCUUCUUCGAAAUCCAAUAGUACAAUUCCCCGAGCGUGGUGGCAGCCUGAACCCAAAUCGAAUUGUCUUCGAUGUAUAUAUUGACCAGACUAGUUAAACAUGUCAAUGAGUGAUUAGCGAGUCACGCAACCCCAAUAAUAGUAUUAUUAGUAAUUUAGUAGAACCCAAUAGUAUUGAGUCCGAACUGUUGGGAUUGUGUGGUUGGCUAAUCAUUACUGAUAGUACAUUAGUCUUGCUAAUAAAAUUUUGCACUAGGAUGGAACUCUAGGGCUUGAGCCACCAUGUGUUGUAGUUAAUCAUGGGACGCUUGUCACAACCACAGUACAUGCAGAGGGAUUUGGGAAACAGCAGAUUCGGACUCAUUAAACCCACAGUUGAUUGCUGACCAAUCAGCUUGACUGUCACGGAUCAAUUACUCAACGCAGCGGGGAACUUAGCAGUCCACUAGCACUGGGGUUUUCAAAUUUCACACUUUGCCACCAUUUUCCUCCUUUCAUCCAAAGUUACAGAGAGAGAAGGCCCAAGAAAAUUUACUGUUUGUUUCUCGGGAAAAAAAUGGUAGCGCCCAAGUUAUCGUACGAGGAGUCUCGCCGGCAGCGAAUGGAGGAAAACAAGAAGAGAAUGGAAGCUCUCAAUCUGCCUAUGCUUGCUCAAGCUCUUAAGAAAACCCCAAAUUCCCCAAAACCCUCCCCUAUGAAGCGCGCGAAGGCCCGCACAGUGGAGAAGCAGCUCGUGGAGGUGAGGAGGUCCUCCCGGGUCGCAAAUCUUCCGACCCCGGUUUACAAAGAAGUGGCUGUGGUGGAUCGGGAGAUGAGGCCCAGAAGGUAUUCUACUAAUAGACAUAGGGAUUUGUCAAACCGGGUUUAUGCUUCCGAUGAAGCCAGAGAUGACGCCACUGCGAGAGCUGAGGCAUUAGAGUCCGAUUUGGGAUCCGAUUACCCGACCAUGGUGAAACCGAUGCUGCAAUCCCAUGUUACUGGUGGAUUCUGGCUGGGUCUUCCAAAAUAUUUCUGCAGUAAGAACCUCCCGAAGCGUGAUGAUAUUGUGAUUUUGAUAGAUGAAGAUGGGGACGAGUGCGAGGUUAUAUACUUGGCUGAGAAAAGAGGACUCAGUGGUGGAUGGAGAGGGUUUGCAAUUGAUCAUGGUUUGGUGGAUGGGGAUGCAUUGGUCUUUCAACUAAUUCGGCCUAAAACGCUCAAGGUGUACAUUUUAAGGGUGGAAAGAGCUGAAUAGGGCUACAAGCUUCAACUAUUGUCAAUGUUGGUGGGUUUUUUGUGGUCAUUGUUGUCAAGGUAAAAAGGAUUUUGGACAGACUAUCUGUUUAGUGAUGAGCUUAGUUGUAAUAGAAACCACCAACGGAGCCUUGUACGGUUAGCGGACGAAGCAAUCAUCUGCAAUCAUAUUUUUGAAUGUUCACUGGUGUCCGUGCAUCAUCCGCAAUCAUAUUUUUGAAUGUUCACUGGUGUCCCUUUAGACCUGUAUGAAGAACCCACGAGCAAAUAUGAAUGGACAUCCGAUUUAUUCUUA